CGCGCGGUCAUGUGCGAGUGUCGUUGCAGCGGAGCAGUUGCCUGCCGCCGAACGAGAGUGUUGUCCACGUGCGUCGUCCAAAUCUCGUUAAUUUUUCGAAACAGACGGAUGGCGGCCUACACGACUCUGUAGAUGAAUAUAAUAUUUAUUUAUUUUUUCGAAACCAUUUCGGAAUUUUGCACGUCGACUCGUGCACGCCCAUCGUAAAAUUACUAUURAUAAUAACUAUUUUACUUAAAUAACAUAAAAAUAACACGUCAUAUUAUUGAAUAAUAUAAUAAAUUCGUAAUACUCGCGUGGACGCGACUGCCGCUGACAAAUCAUACUACAGCGAAACCAGUGACGAUAAUCACAUCGGCGCCAUAUCGCAUUGUUACCGCGGUUACAUAUUUCAAAAUACAGGGACGUGUCAUGACCGCGGCCCCGCGAGUUUUGGCAAUGGCCACUCUGCUGGUGGUCGGGGCUCAGACGCUGUCCUACGGCGGCGCGGACGGCCGUCACACGGCCACCGGCGUUGAAAGGUACUCGAAACUCGAUCGGUUCCUGCACGAUCGGCUGGGCCUGGCCAGCGUUUUCGGCGGCGGCGGUGUCAGCAACCGGCCCAGUCCGCCGGCGCCGACCACCGAUCGGGGACUGUUGUCCAGGACGGCUGCGGCCGUACCCGAAGACGAGGAUGACGAUGGUGCGGAUAACGAAGAAGACGAUGAUGACGACGAUGACGAUGAAGAUGAGGAGGAGCAGGACGAGAAGAACCAAGUGACUCCCGGGGUGUUGGUCAGGCUGCGGCACAGGAACGCGGCUGCGGUUGCAACCGCGGUGGCGGCCGAGAAGGACUUAGACGUAUACGGCAAGGACAUCCAGAAACACGAACCAGCGAGAACUAUGUCACCGAUAUCAGAAAAUAAAUGGAAAUUUCUUGGUUCUAGAAAGACGGUGGAAGAAACUUUCCGUAGUUCACACAGAAUCAGCUUGUUGCAAGGGCAAGGUGAUAGCGAAGGAGGUGAAGCUUACAAGCAUCAAAUGAGAAUUUCGAAAGAGGCGUCUUGCAAAGUACCAAGAUCUCGAGUGAUCAAGGUAACUGACAUAUACCCCAGCUCGAAUAAGAAAUAUUUACCUUCGUGUACAGUGCUCCAUGUUUGCGCUGAAGAUACAGGUUGUUGUAAUAGUCCAACAUUGAAAUGCGGACCGAAGACUUCACAACCAAUUUAUUUGCCCUUCCUAGUUUACACUUUACCCGGACUUGGAGACUGGCAAUCACCCGAGCAAUCGUCCAACCAGAAAUCGUUACUUUUUUACAAUCAUACUGAGUGCGAAUGCCAGUCAAGAACGGACGACUUGAUGCCCAGAGACACGAUGCCGACUGCUGCCAUGGUGACCCCCGAUCUCCCAACGCCUAUCAGGCACAGACCAGAAAAAAAUAAUCAAAACAGGUAA